AUGUCUACUAUAAAACGGUUUCUUCGUGAUAAGUCCGGGAUUUGUUUCCACCUUCAUGUCCAAGCUCAGAAGCUUCAUCUAGAAAAGCUGAAUAGCGAGAUGAAACCUUUUGUCACAGACGAUGUGGUAAGUAUAUCUCAUUUGUAUUUAUAUUGUGCUAGGUACUGUUAAGGCUUAAUCUUUGUUUGUUCAUGGGUAAUGACAAGGAGGUCCUUCAAGAGAUUGGGAGAGCCUUAGACUUUCCAGUCUCAUCCGUACGUGUUUUGGAAGAAGUGCUGGAUUUAUAUUUCGGUGAAAACCCAGAAAAGAAACUGAUCUUCAUUAUGAAUAAUGCCGAAGAAAUGAGUCAAUUGAAGUUUAGUUUUAUAAAGGAGCUCUUCUUUUCUUUCAAGGAGGUAUGUGGAGUAAAGUUUUUCUUUUAUGUAAUUAGAGGAGGGAUAAGAUCAAAGUGAUAUCUGUAAGUACUCUCCCGUGGAUGUUGGUGGCUGAUUCUUUUGAUGAACUUCUUCAUCAUUCUACAAUUAGUUACAAGUUCGAGCGAUUUUCUCAAAGUAAGUGUGACUCCUUCUGUCAUAUGCGCUUAGGUGAUGUUGAGGCAUUGUGUAUGGAAGCUGCUAUUCAAAAAAAUCUGAAGGUGGAGUCUAAAUUACUACGAUAUGUGAUAAAUUUAUUACCCAAAAACCAGGAUCCCUUCAUAAUCGGCAAAUAUGUGAGUAAAAAACUGCUUUGUAUUAUGUUUAGGUUGUAAAAAUUCUGGAGAGGGCACAACACGAGAACCUAAUUUCAAUUGUGGGAAAGACGGAUCAAUGGAAUGGAAUUGUAAAGAGAAUACUGGAUAAUAAGCCACGGACGAGACUAUCAGUCCAACCGAUAUUCGACAGGCUACCUCACGUAGCUUCAUUAACAUUAAUAGCUGCAUAUUUUGCGAGUUACAAUCCUCCAAGCACGGAUAAACGGUAUUUUGGAGAGGUUAGGACCUUGUUUUAGAUCGUUUGAUCCUUCUUUGCUCUGACAUUCCGCGAAACCUGUUAUUAUUACGCAUUUCAGCGGGCUACUGGCAAAAGGCGAGCUCAUCAGCGGACUGUUGUCCGGGAGAAUUUUCACGAAACAGGUCCUAAACCAUUUACCUUGGAGCGAUUGUCAAUUUUGUAUUCUUUAUUAAAGGGAAUAUUGUUAGCCGAGUGUGGAGAUCUCGAUGUUAAUGUUCAGGUGAGCUGACGGUCUCUCAAAAAUUGAUCUUUAAUGCAUUUUAGAUUCCCUUGUUGGUAUACAGAGGUCACUUGGAAAAGGUCUCGGACAUUCAGAAUAUUAUCCUUCCCAAAUUCCGAUGUGUCGCUCCCUUCGAUUACGUUGAUUUAGUAAAAAAGUAAGUAGAAAACUUAUUCUUGAUACAAUGGCGUUUAUAGUCUACUCUUUAGUCGUGGGUUUUGUUAGGGCACGACGGGGUUACUUGUGUGCAGUUGUCUGUAUUUGUGGAUCUUGUAGUGUAAGUGAUGUCAUUUCCUUCUCUUUUUCAGUGACUUCAUAAAAUUGGCAACUAAAAAGACCGGCACCAAGGAGGACUACUUCGACCUACGUCAAUAUUUACAUGAUUUUGCCUUCGAAACCCAAUAA